CAUGCUCAGACAGGCCAGAAUCCUGCCCUUCGAACAUUUUUGUUUCGCCUCGCUCGACUCGCCCGGCUCCCAGUCCAAUUGGUUUUUGUAUUCGAUGGCAACCAGCGAUCCCAAAUCAAACGGGGCCACAGAGUGUCUACCAACGACCAUUGGAUGGUCAAGCCCACCCAGCGCCUACUGAAUACAUUCAAUGUGCAGUGGAUCAUGGCUGCUGGAGAAGCCGAGGCACAGCUGGCGCUGAUGAACGGCGCUGGUAUUAUUGAUGCUGUCAUGACAGAUGACAGUGACACAUUUGUUUUUGGUGCUCAGACUGUCCUGCGCAACUCGACAUUCUCAAUAGAUUUGACUGUCAAAUUGUAUACAACGAGUGCCAUUCAGGAGCACGUGGACCGCCAUCUUACUGACGAUGGAUUCCUCACCCUUGCCAUCUGCUGCGGCGGCGACUAUGAUAAGGUAAACCAAACCAGCUUGUUGUCAGCCAGGCUGAUGAGACCUGCUUCUAGAAGGGCCUGCCAGGCUGUGGCCGUGAGACAGCACUGGGCCUAG